AUGCUGAAAAUGCGCGCAGUAAAAAUGAAGUUUCUCAUAAUAUUGCCUGCAUUCGUAGCACUCUGUGCUGGUGGCAAGAUUCUUGCAGUGCCGGGAGAUAAUUCACACUAUGUAGAAGGAGAGAGUCGACACAUAUGGAUACCUGACGGAGAUGGAGUCUCUCAUCUAGUGGACUUGCAAGCCUCCAUUCACAAAGGAAGUUCGGGAAGAGGCGCUUAUAAUCAAUACUGGCUUUAUACUCGGAAAAACCCUCAAAAUCAUCAACUUAUGGUUCCAUACGAUCACUAUUCCGUUUGGAGUUCCAACUACGACGGUUACAAGCCUACAAAAGUGAUCGUCCAUGGCUGGGGCAGUAAUGGAGACUCACAAUUAAAUCCGAUGAUUCGAGAUGCCUUACUUGCGACUGGAGAUUUUAACGUAAUUGUCGUGGAUUGGGGUGAGGUGGCUGGUGAAUUUUACACGGACUCAGCUGCGGCCGUUCCAAGUAUUGGACAACAUCUUGGUCGUUUCUUGCAGUGGCUGCUGAACAAUUUUGGAGGCAGCUGGAAGAACGUGCAUCUAGUUGGAUUUAGUUUGGGAGCUCAUAUAGUUGGCAACGCUGCUCGAACAGUCGGUGGUCGUGUUGAACGAAUUACAGGUUUGGACCCAGCCGGACCCGGCUGGCAUCGAAACUCUUACGCUCUAAAUAGAAAUGACGGCGUCUACGUUGAGGCUAUUCAUACAGAUGGAGGAAUCCUGGGAAUCUUCGAACCGAUCGGUGACGUGGACUUCUAUCCCAACGGCGGAAGGAACCCGCAGCCUGGUUGCUUCCCGGUGGGAUCUUGCUCCCAUGGCCGCGCUUACGAACUUUUUGCAGCUAGUGUCAGAUUUAAUAAUUUUGUCGGCUCUGAAUGCAUGAGUCUUGAUGAUGUUCGCAAUAACAAUUGCAAGGGUGCAAGUCACAACAUGGGGAAUAUUGAUUUUGAUAAACGAGGGAGUGGACUCUACAGUCUCACUACUGGCGACACCUGGCCUUUUUAG